AUGGAGAAGAAAAUGCUAGAGAUGAUGGAGCAGAAAAUGCAGGAGAUGCGAGAGGAGCAUAAAAACGACAUUAGAGAGUUGAUGCAAUCAAUGGCAGCAAUUAACCUGCAAAAUCAGAAGAAUCAUGAAAUGGAAACCGGUGAAGGCAGUAGCAAGGGAAAUCGGUAUGAAAAUGGAUCCGAUUGGGGAAGAUCGACGCGAUAUGAGUUUCCUAAGUUUGAUGGUGACGGUUUUGAAGGAUGGAUGAUGAGAGCUGAGUAUUUUUUCCAAGUGGCUAAGGUACCGGAUGAGGAGAGGGUUAGAGUGGCUGCGAUUCAUCUAGAAGGGAAAGCAUUGCAGUGGCAUAGAGGCUUUGAGAGCUUACAUGGAGAUAUGGCCUAUGCUGAUUGGCCGUGUUAUAGCUCAUCUCUAGCAGCUCGUUUUGGUGCUCAUGCGUACGAGGAUCCUUUGGCUGAUCUCAGGAACCUCAAACAAAAAGGUACGCUACAAGACUAUAUGGACAUUUUUGAUGAAUUAUAUCCUAGAGCUGGAAUUAGAGAAGAUCAAGCUUUAAGUUUCUUUUUGUCCGGAUUGAUUGAUGAAUUACAAAUGCCUGUGCGUAUGUUUCGACCUAAGACCUUAGCUGAAGCUUACUCCUUAGCUAAGCUGCAAGAACUUACUGUUAGAGCCUUAGGAGUUAAGGCUAAGGGAAAUCAGAACACUCUACAGGCUAGUAGCAGCUAUUAUUCGAGUAGCAGACCAAUGUCAGUGACUGCUACUAAUAAUAAAGUGGGAACUAUGAAUAAUUGGAAUGGAGGAAACAAGGAGAGUAACAGAAUUGGAGGGUGUAGCAAAAGGAAAUCAUAUGUUGUGCAGCUAUUGGAUGUGGGUGAAGUGGAACGUAAUGAAGAACAAGAGGAAGCAGAUGAAGAAAUUGAGGAUGAAAAGUCUGAAUUACAGCUUUCAUUACAUGCGGUUUGGGGUAAGGAUGGACCUCAAAUAAUGAGGAUUAGAGGGAAAUGUCAGAAGAGGAUCUUAAGGAUUCUAAUAGAUACUGGCAGUACUCAUAAUUUUCUGAGUGCUAAAGUGGCUAAAAGAAUCAGCUGUAAGUUACUUCCUGUUAACUCAAAGGCUGUGGAAGUAGCCAAUGGACAAAUUUUGCAAUGUACUCAAAAGUGUAGCAAAUUAGAGUGGGAAAUGCAAGGGUCCAGAUUUCAUGCAGAGGUUUAUCUUAUUCCUCUGGAAACUUAUGAUCUUAUCUUGGGUGGAGAAUGGUUGUCUACCUUGGGUGAAAUCAAAUGGAACUUUAAUAAUCUCAGUAUGAUCUUCAAUUUCCAUGGAGAAGAAGUGAAAUUGCAAGGUGAGAGGUGGAUACCAAAGGCUGAGCAGUUGAACUUUCUACACAUCAUGAAUCCAGAAGAAGAGGAUGUAAAUCAGAGGAAAUUGAAUCAGUGCAUGCCUGCUGUGGAAGUUGAAACAGACUACUGUUAUGAAAUCAGUGUUGAGGAAAUUUGGCCUAAUCUUAAGUUGAUUCUGGGAGAAUUUGCUGAAGUAUUUGAGGAGCCAAAAACACUACCACCACAAAGAGAGCAAGAUCACAAGAUUGUACUGAAAGAGGGAGCUGAAGCAGUGAAUAUGAGACCCUAUAAAUAUGCAGCACAUCAGAAAAAUGUCAUUGAGACAAUGAUUGAGGAGAUGCUUAAGGCUGGGGUUAUUAGGCAUAGUGAGAGUUCUUUUGCAAGCUCAAUUGUGUUGGUAAAGAAAAAAGACUCUACGUGGAGAAUGUGUGUGGACUAUAGAGCCUUAAAUGCCAUCACUGUCAAAGAUAAAUACCCCAUACCUGUGAUUGAGGAACUGUUGGAUGAGCUAGGAGAGGCAGCUUGGUUUUCCAAAAUUGAUUUGAGAUCUGGCUAUUGGCAAGUGAGGAUGAAGCCAGAGGAUAUUCAUAAGACUGCUUUUAAGACUCAUUCAGGGCAUUAUGAGUUCCUAGUUAUGCCAUUUGGCUUAACAAAUGCACCUGCAACAUUUCAGAAUCUGAUGAACACUAUCUUCAGAAAUCAUUUGAGGAAAUUUAUAUUGGUGUUUUUUUGA